AUGGCAUAUUAUCAACAACAAAUGAACAAUCCGCAGAACAUGCAGUUCUAUCAAUCAAACUACUCAUAUCAACAAGCACAGCCUCAACCGUCAAUGGGUUCAAUGGAUACAGGGUUUAAUAACGAUGUAACUGGAACUAUUGGAGGAGAAUUAAAACCAGGAUUAUUAGCUGCAUUUGGAACUCUGGGAUAUCCAGGUGAACCACCAUUACUAGAAGAAUUGGGUAUUAAUUUUCAACAUAUCAAAUCAAAAACUUUAGUUGUAUUAAAUCCAUUAAAUAAAGAUAUACCCAGUGAUAUAAUGAGUGAUUCUGAUUUAGCAGGUCCCAUAUUAUUCGUAUUAUUAUUUGGUACAUUACUACUUCUAGCAGGUAAAAUUCAAUUUGGUUAUAUAUAUGGAGUUGGUUUAUUUGGAAUAAUAAGUCUACAUUAUUUAUUUAAAUUUAUGAGUAAUGAAACUCAAAUUGAUUUAAUUCGUUCUGCAUCAGUUAUUGGAUAUUGUUUAUUACCAUUAGUUUUAAUAAGUGUAUUAGGAGUAGUUACAAAUUUAGAUAAUUUGGUUGGUUAUAUAUUAAGUGCAAUUGCUGUUUUAUGGUGUACAUAUUCUGCUAGUGGAUUUUUUGUAUCGGUAUUGAAAUUGCAUAAUGUUAGACCAUUGAUAGCAUAUCCAUUAUGUAUGUUUUACACUGUCUUUGCAUUAAUGGCUAUAUUUGUUGAAAAAACAGAAAUUAAAUAG